CGUCAGGCUCUCGCGGAUUGGUUCCGUCGAUUUGGACUCGGAAGUGUUGAGACUGCACUUGCAGCUGUGGGGUGUUGAGGCUUGGGUAACUACCCUCAACAGCAGCGAGGAGCUGCACCUGUGGCUGCCCAGAAACAGUUCCCAUGAUGGCUCUCCUUUCAGUUUCCGUAGGGCCCUUGAGGAGUGGAGCACAGGCUUGGGGUAGAAGCUGCUGCAACAUUUCUGCAGCCUUUCGUUACACUAGCUCUUCGGCACGGAACUCUUACCUAAUCCGUAUGACAUCGAUGGGAUUAAAUCAAGGCACUUUCACUCGAUUACUAAACUCCAACAAACCACCAAGAGGAUUUGAGAAGUUUUUCCCUAAGAGUGAGGAGACACUGGACGAGAAAAAGUCAACCAAGGAGAGUAAAGAUGGAAAGACCAAAGAGCUGGAGUCUCAGGGGUGUGGUGGAGGAGGAACCAAUGGAGGAGGUGACGACGGGAAGAGAGGAGGAGAGAAAGAGGAGUCGGACUGGUGGAGACGCUUCCAGGCCCAAAUCCCGUGGGAUGAGAAGACUCUGCGGAACAUUGCUAUUGGUGCAGCUGGCAUGACAUCAGCAUUCCUGUAUUUCUACUUUCGGGAGACAGGGAAGGAAAUCUCAUGGAAGGAGUUUGUGCAUCAGUACCUGGCCAGAGGACUGGUGGAACGUCUAGAGGUCAUCAACAAGCAAUACGUUAGGGUGUUCCCAGCUCAUGGAGUUUACACUUCAGAUGUGAGCUACCUAUGGUUCAACAUCGGCAGUGUGGAGACAUUUGAGCGUAACCUGGAGCAGGCGCAGCAAGAGAUGGGUGUGUCUCCCACACACAGAAUCCCCGUGGUGUACGGGUCCGAGAGUGACGGAACAUCAAUGAUGAGCAUCCUCCCAACCCUGCUGCUGGUUGGCUUCCUGCUUUUCACCUUGCGUCGAGGACCUAUGACAGGAGGUGGUGGAGGAGGUGGGAGGAGCAACCCUUUCAGUAUGAGCGAAUCCAAAGCCAAGAUCAUGAAGGAUAACAUCAACGUAAGGUUUAAGGAUGUGGCGGGCUGUGAGGAGGCAAAACUGGAGAUCCUGGAGUUUGUCAACUUUCUGAAAAACCCACGUCAGUAUCAGGAACUAGGCGCCAAGAUUCCUAAGGGGGCAGUGCUCUCAGGACCUCCAGGCACAGGGAAGACCUUGCUGGCCAAGGCAACAGCAGGAGAGGCUAAUGUCCCCUUCAUUACCGUCAAUGGCUCUGAGUUCCAAGAGAUGUUUGUUGGUGUAGGCCCAGCCAGGGUCAGGGACAUGUUUGCCCUGGCGCGUAAGAACGCCCCCUGCAUACUGUUCAUCGAUGAGAUUGAUGCAGUGGGCAGGAAGAGAGGCAGAAACAACUUUGGAGGCCAAAGUGAGCAGGAGAACACCCUCAACCAGCUGCUGGUGGAGUUGGAUGGAUUCAACACCAGCACCAAUGUGGUGGUCCUAGCUGGAACCAACCGGCCUGACAUUCUGGACCCAGCGCUUAUGAGACCAGGACGGUUUGACAGACAGAUUUACAUAGGUCCUCCAGACAUUAAGGGCCGGGCAUCCAUAUUCAAGGUGCACCUUCGACCCCUUAAGCUGGACUCCUUGAUAGACCUGGAGGCUCUGGCCAGAAAACUAGCUGCUCUGACACCAGGCUUCACAGGGGCUGACAUUGCCAAUGUGUGUAACGAAGCAGCGUUAAUAGCAGCCCGCUACCUCCACCAGUCUGUCAGCACCAUGCACUUUGAGCAGGCCAUCGAGAGGGUCAUUGGAGGCCUGGAGAAGAGGACCCAGGUCCUGCAGCCUGCUGAAAAGACCACGGUGGCGUACCACGAGGCGGGCCACGCUGUGGUGGGCUGGCUCCUGGAGCAUGCAGACCCUCUGCUCAAGGUGUCUAUCAUCCCCAGAGGAAAGGGGUUGGGCUAUGCUCAGUACCUCCCCAGGGAGCAGUUCCUGUUCACCAAGGAGCAGCUGUUUGACAGGAUGUGCAUGAUGUUAGGAGGCCGCGUGGCAGAGCAGGUCUUCUUCGGCCGCAUCACCACCGGUGCCCAGGAUGACCUCAGGAAGGUCACCCAGUCUGCCUACGCACAGGUGGUCCAGUUUGGGAUGAGUGAAGCGAUCGGUCAGGUAUCGUUUGAGAGCAGUCAGCAGGGCGCCAUGGUAACAGAGAAGCCAUACAGCGAGCCCACCGCACAGCUGAUUGACCAGGAGGUGCGCUCGCUCAUCAACGCCGCUUUCCAGCGCACACAUGACCUCGUCACAACCAGGAGAGAGAUGGUUGACAAGGUGGGGAGGCGCCUGUUGGAGAAGGAGAUCCUGACAAAGGCGGACAUGUUGGAGCUGCUGGGGCCGCGGCCUUUUGAGGAGAAAUCCACGUAUGAGGAGUUUGUGGAGGGCACAGGGGCCCUGGACGAGGACAUCUCCCUGCCUCUGGGCCUAAAGGACUGGAACAAGGGCCAUGGGAGCAGGGACACCUCCAAUGGACAGCAGAAACAGGCUCUCUACCUGUAGACUCAUUCCUGAUCCCAGUAGGGCCCAUGAACAGUAGGCCUGGCAUGACCUCUAUUGAGAUGUGAGUUUUUUUUUAUGUGAAGUUUUUUAUAUAUAUCUUGAGUGGGCUUGCUGAAACAGAAGCUCCCAGAUUGCUUUUGGGACAACAGAGUCAUGAAGUCUCCAUGUCUGUGAGGAUUGUUUCACCACCGUGUCUCCGCCUGACCCUGCCCGGACCAGCCCCUGCAUACAGACAGCUGUUCUAUCUAUCUGACAGGCUUUGAAUACAAAUCACAUUCGUCCUUCAUGCAGAUUUAUUGGGGCAGAAACACUGUAACCUUCUGCUUGUCAAUUGCUUAAAGGUUGUAAUGUACCCAGAAAAGUUUGCACUAUUGAGAUAUUUUAUAGGGGUACUUAGAAAUUGACUUGUUGACUGGUUUUUCAGAAUAUUACAAUAUUAACCACAGCACAGUAUGAAGGUCUAUUCCUCUACCAUUCCACAUCUGUACCUCUUAUCCUGUUCUUUACCUCCGGACUGUUACUUACAGAAGCUACUCUAAAUGUGAUUUACUCAGGGCUUAAGCCAAAUUCCAUACCUCUUCUUACCCUACCUUUACAGAGGCUGUAUGAACUCAUCAGAGCACUGCCGUGUGUAAGAUACCACAUAACAUUUUACAGUUACAUUUAGUAAGGUGUGUUUGUGUAACUAUGCCAAGACUGCUGAUAUCCCACACAGCCACAAUGACAAAAUCCGGUCAUUUUAAGGACAGGGAGAUAAAUAAGUCACCAUGGUGGUGUGGACUAAGCUGGAUGUGCCCCUGCACACUUGGGGGGAGACCCUGUAGAAGGACAGGGGAUCUGCAGUUUUCCAACUGCUUUAAAGACGGGAGAUCAGCAGGUUGUGAAAACAGUUGUUGUUUUGUUGGAGGUUUAAAACCAGACAUGUUUCAAACACCAUCAUCACUCCAGCUGUGUUCAUGUUGGAUUGUUGUGUUUAGGUUCAGUAUACACUCCAGAUACAUAAAUGUACAAGGAGUGACAGAAAACAGCAGGUAUUUUCUCUGUGAAAGUGGUAUGUUCCAGUGUAACCCCUGCCUUUCUUACUGCUGAUUGGUGCUCAGAGCUAGCAUGACUGUUCUCUCUGUGUUUGAUGUAGAGGAGACUAAUCAGAUAUGGUAGGGGUGUUUUCAUAGAAAACUAAUUUGUCAAUAAAACAUGACCUUUUGUCCCAA